AUGACCUAUAUAUCGAAGGCUUGUACCGCCAUGAUUGCUUUCCGGUGAAGAAUCUGAGAGAAUUUUAGUUGAUAAUUUUAUAAUUACUUGGCUUUGGUUGGUGUAGCAUGCAAAGAUGUUCCCGAUUACUACACAGGGUAUCUCACCUUUUCUGAGUCCACAGUUAAAUGGUCAACCUGGUCUACAGUUUACCUUCCCUCCUAUGACACAGGAACAACCCCUGCUUCCAUCACAGUUAAUGGGAAUGUCACAACCAGCUUUACAGCCUCCUCCUCAGAUCCCUUCAUUAUCAACACCAUAUGCACCCUUCCACGCCCCACCAACAAUAUCCACCGAGGGUGAUUUUGUCUGUCCACCUCGCCCAAACCAUGGCACAGAGGGUCGACCCAUCUUGCUUCGUGCUAAUCAUUUUCAAGUUAGAAUUCCAAAGGGUUUCAUCCACCAUUAUGAUGUAUCCAUCACACCAGACAAAUGUCCUCGACGUGUAAACCGUGAGAUUAUUGAGACGAUGGUCCAGUCAUAUGGUCAGAGAAUAUUUUCUGGUGCUAAACCUGUUUUCGAUGGACGUAAAAACUUGUACAGUAGAGAACCAUUACCUAUAGCUAAAGAAAAGGUUGAGCUAGAAGUAACUCUACCAGGAGAAGGACGAGAUCGUGUUUUUACUGUAGCUAUAAAAUGGGUAGCCCAGGUCAGCCUGUAUAAUCUUGAGGAAGCUUUGGAGGGUCGAACACAACAGAUGCCAAUGGAUGCCAUACAAGCUCUAGAUGUAGUCAUGAGACAUUUACCAAGUAUGACGUAUACCCCUGUAGGACGUUCGUUUUUCUCUCAACCUAAAGGUUAUGACCAUCCACUGGGUGGUGGCAGGGAGGUUUGGUUUGGUUUUCAUCAGAGCGUUCGACCGUCUCAGUGGAAGAUGAUGCUAAAUAUUGAUGUGUCAGCUACAGCAUUUUAUAAAGCCCAACCAGUAAUAGAGUUUAUGUGCGAAGUUUUAGAUAUUGAGAAUACAGCCGAUCAAAAGCGUCCACUGACCGACUCGCAACGAGUAAAGUUUACAAAGGAAAUUAAAGGAGGUUUGUCCUCUGCUUCUCAAGGUCUGAAAGUGGAGAUAACUCACUGUGGUACAAUGAAGAGAAAAUAUCGUGUAUGUAACGUUACAAGGCGGCCAGCACAGACACAAUCAUUUCCACUACAACUUGAUUCUGGUCAAACAGUUGAAUGUACAGUAGCCAGAUAUUUCCUAGAAAGAUAUAAGAUUAAAUUACAAUACCCUCACUUUCCCUGUCUUCAGGUUGGCCAGGAACAAAAACAUACAUAUCUACCUUUAGAGGUAUGUAAUAUAGUAGGAGGUCAAAGGUGUAUUAAAAAACUUACAGAUAUGCAGACAUCAACAAUGAUCAAAGCUACAGCUAGAUCAGCCCCUGAUCGUGAAAAGGAAAUUAAUAACUUGGUGACAAAGGCCGACUUUAACCAUGACCAUUAUCUACAAACAUUCGGUAUCAGCGUUUCUUACGACAUGACUGAGGUCAAAGGUCGAGUACUCACCCCGCCUAAAAUACAGUAUGGCGGCAGGACUAAGUCACAGGCUGUUCCUAAUCAAGGUGUAUGGGAUAUGAGAGGAAAACAGUUUUAUCAAGGUAUUGAGAUCCGUGUGUGGGCUAUUGCUUGUUUUGCACCACAGAGAACUGUUCGUGAAGAUGCAUUAAGAAAUUUUACAUCUCAACUCCAGAGAAUAUCCAAUGAUGCUGGUAUGCCAAUAAUGGGACAACCAUGUUUUUGUAAAUAUGCCACUGGUCCCGACCAAGUAGAACCAAUGUUCCGUUACUUAAAAAACACAUAUCAAGGCUUACAACUUAUUGUGGUCGUAUUACCAGGAAAAACCCCUGUAUAUGCUGAAGUGAAGAGAGUUGGUGAUAUAUUAUUUGGUUUAGCUACUCAAUGUGUCCAAUCAAAGAAUGUGAACAAAACAACGCCCCAGACGUUAUCUAAUCUCUGUCUAAAGAUCAACGUUAAAUUAGGGGGCAUCAACAGUAUAUUACUGCCUAGUAUUAGACCCCAGGUAUUCCGUGAGCCAAUCAUAUUCCUUGGUGCUGAUGUCACUCAUCCUCCUGCUGGUGAUUGUCUUAAACCUUCCAUAGCUGCUGUUGUAGGUAGUAUGGAUGCCCAUCCUAGUCGUUAUUCAGCUACUGUUCGAGUUCAACAACACAGACAGGAAGUGAUACCAGAGUUAUGUAACAUGGUACGAGAAUUGUUGAUCCAGUUUUACCGAUCAACGCGAUUUAAACCAACACGUAUCAUAUUUUAUAGAGAUGGGGUUAGUGAGGGACAAUUUCAAACGGUGCUAAGUAGUGAAUUGCGAGCUGUAAGAGAAGCUUGUAUGAAACUAGAAGUGGGUUAUCAGCCUGGAAUCACGUUUAUCGUUGUACAGAAACGCCAUCAUACUCGUCUCUUCUGUGCUGAUCGUAAAGAUCAAACUGGGCGUAGUGGCAAUAUACCUGCAGGUACCACAGUUGAUGUGGGGAUCACUCACCCAACAGAGUUUGAUUUCUAUUUGUGUAGCCAUGCUGGUAUUCAGGGAACAAGUCGGCCGUCCCACUACCAUGUUUUAUGGGAUGACAAUAGAUUUACUGCUGAUGAGCUCCAGAUAUUAACAUACCAGUUAUGUCACACAUAUGUCCGGUGUACGAGAAGUGUGUCCAUACCCGCUCCUGCUUACUAUGCACAUCUUGUGGCCUUCCGUGCAAGAUAUCAUCUUGUAGAAAAAGAUCAUGAUAGUGGAGAAGGAAGUCGUCAUUCAGACAACAGUGAAGAUCGAACCCCAGCUUCCAUGGCACGAGCUGUUGCUAUACAUCCUGACACAACCAAGGUCAUGUACUUCGCUUAAACCCUUAACAUCUUCCGCAUCACAUGAUCACCUUAAAUAGGGCAUAACACCAUAUUUGGAUAUCAUGUGAUGAUAUUAUGGCUGUGAAUUUUUUUUUGAAGUCCUAUUUACCAUUUGACAAAAGAGAUAAUUUAUUUUCUGUUUGUCGUUUUUAUUCCUUUAGAGUCAUUGUUUUUAUUUAAAUAUUUUAUCGAUUAAGAUUUAACGAUGAAAUUGUACGGAAUGCCAUUCUGAGAAAUUUAUUGGACUAAUCUCAUGUCAUCGCUCAAUUUAAUCAAAAAGGGAAAAAUUUAAUUGAUUAAAAAAUAAAUGAGUCUUUAAUAAAAACUUAUCAACAUGGAAAAACUCAAUGUUUUGUUGGAUUUUAAUUUUUAAAUGAUGAUUUUACGUCCAAAUUUUAAGGUUUCAAAUAAAAAUGUCGGAAAUAUUUGGCAUGAUCUGUGUGGUUUUAUUUAAUCAGAUUUUUUUAUCAAAAAAAAAAAUAAAAAAGAUGGGAAUUAUCAGUAAAAUUUUUCCCUUUAUUGUGCAGAGAAUUUGCUUUUUUUAAUGUAUUUUUUAAUAAUUUUUUAUAUUGUAGGGAUCAAACUUAUUCUAUUGCCCUAAUUAAUAAAUUGUAAAUUAACAUUCGUUAAUGACCCAAUUAACAAAUCAUGAAUUAACAUUCUGUUGGGCAAUAAAUGAUCUCGUUUUUAUCUCUGAUUAUUCUUUGAAGGAUCUUUGUAAAUUCAUCCAUGUGGACAAAUAUCUCCUUAGUCAAGAUCUUAUACAAAUUCUGAAUUUAUCAAAUAAAGUUAUUAUAUGUAGUUUUGUUUAACGAAAAAUUUAGAUUUGUAUUUGAAAUGCUCUUUCCAAAAACCUGAAAAAUUCCAUUAUUUUAUGAGUCAAUUACACAGUUGAACUUGACAGUACCAGAGACAUGGAACUGAUAAAUGAUUGAUUGUUGGUGCUUUUAGAAAGGAAUAUAAUUUAGGUUAUGUGCAACAUAGAAGGAAUAUAGAAUUGAUUCUCGGAAAAGGACAGUUCAUAUGUUUGGAAAUAAAAGUUCUUUUGAUCUAAGCUAGUUUUUGGAGGGAAGAUACCUCGAAAGAUGCAAGAUCAGAUAAAACUUGGAAUGACUUAAUAAAAACCUUCUCUAUCGGGUCUGAAAAUAACCUUGUGUAUCAGGUCUGAAAUUAACCAAAUAUUAGUAUAACCCCGCCUUAAUUGCCAUCAAAUAUUCCAUUAUAUUUUACUGCUCAUGACAUGAAUUCCAUUCAGAUUAUCUCCCAUCAUAAACCUACAUCUUUAUAUGUGUUCAAAUUAUGUCUAUGACCAGCAAUUUUAGGACAAAGUCAAAUGUGUUAGAUUUAGUUGUACCACUGCAAGCACUUGUGUAUAUCAGCAUUGAUAUGCAAUACUAGUUGUAUGUACUAAAGUUACCAGUCAAAAUGUAUAAUAUUGGUAUGUAUAUAUCAAUAUAGUAUUGUAUUUGGUAUAGCAUACCAUGCAACUAAUUUUAAAGCAGUUUUGUGUGUUCCUAAAAAUGCCUUAUGUCUUGAUUACUUUAACUUAAUAAUAAUUGUCAUUUAUAUGUUGUCAAUCAAGGUCAUCGUCAUGACAACAAACCUAACAUUAUCAUGGAGAUCAAAAUGACCCCAAUUUCAAUCAGAAGACUGCUUUUUAUCAAAAUAGUUGUAUAUUUAAUGCUGGAAAACAAGGACUAUAGGUGAAAUUAACCAGUGUUGCCUUUGUAAUGAUUAUGUAGUCUUGUACUGUCAAGUUAAUAAUUAUGUUGUGGAAAUCCUUAAAAUAGAUUUUCUUUAAAUUUCUGAAAUGAUGGAUAAUUAAGAAUGUUGUGUGGAGAGAGAGGUAGUAGAGUUAAAUAUAUCAUACAAGUGCUUUAUAUUAAAUGACAUAUUUUGAUUAUUCUCUAGUCAUGUGAUAGUCAUAUGACUUAAAUAUGAAUGAAAGUAAGAUAUUUUUUAACAAGUACUUAGCCAAUCAUAAUUGUUGUAUAGACAUAUAGCCAAUCAUAGGCCUAAUUGUAUUUUUGUGGUUAAUUUUUCUUCUUGCUUAGCUAGUUUUUGUUACUAGAUUUAUUUAUUUGUAGAUUUAUUUGGUAACAGUAACCAUGGAAUAUGUAAUUUUUGCUCCCAUUCAUACUUUGUAUUCUUAAUGUUGGCCUUCUUUCUUCUGAUCCACAAUUAUGUUAACUACCCAUGGUAAAUUUUAUAUUCAGAGGGUUUAAAAAUGGUCCCAGAUUAAAGUACUAUAGGGUAGCUAAUAUACUAGUAGAUGGAAGGAAUAUUAAGUAAAACUCUAUUCAAAGUAAAGGCCUUUAGAUAUAAAGUUUGUCAAAUUAUUUAAAUUAUUACGUCAGAUAUAUUGUUGUUUACAUAUCGUUGUUACCAUAAAUUAGUUAUUAGUCAACUUGUUACCAUGGCAAUGGCAUUAAUUAACUUGGGAUUUCUUUUUUUAAGUCAUAUCUUAUUUGUGGAACUAUAUCAACCAAGUAUUUAAAGUAAUUUAAACAACAAUAUCAUUCCAUAAUCAUUAUGGUUUUUAGUAGAUAUUUUCAAAUUUACCCUGUGUUGUAGAUCUGUCAACUUAGAAGGACCCUCCGUAAGGCAUUUCCAAUAAUUUUCAACACACCCACACUUUUAACAGAACAAUUCAUAGUUCAGGGUUACUACCUUCCUAUGUAUUAAAGGGUCAAGUCCUAUGAAAUAUAGUUAUUUUGUAUUGUUAAAUUAUUGUGUUGUUAGCCAUUCCUUAUAGGUUCAUAUCAUUUUCCUUCUUUAAGCACAAACUGAAUAUCAUAUUGAAUCUUCUAUCAAGUCGAUCCAUACACAAAUCAAAUACAAAAAUUUUUAAUAUGUUUAUUAUUGUCUAAAGAUCCUAAAACUAGUCACAUAGUUUAGACAUUGAAAUAUAGCUAAAUUCUAAUCAAAAACAUCAAAAUUAAUAUUGAGUAAAAUGGCAAAAAUCAAAUAAAACAUUUGUAUUUAGAAAUUAAUAUUAUAUACUAGAUUAUAGUUGCCUGCAUGUAACAGCAAACAGACCUGAACCACACCACAUUCAGUUUAACUAAAAUCUGUCAUUUUUAUCAGUAUGUUUACAAUUUAUUUCAAAUAAUCAUUUUAAUUUGAACUAUUAAUUAAAUAUAUUUGCUUUUUCGUAAUUUUUGGAGUGGGUAAGGUGGGGGGGGGACAUUAUGUAUGUUUUUUGGUUUUGAUCAACAGAAUUAUUUUCAAUUUAAAUUUUUGUUUGCGAAAUAAUACAUAGCUUUGUGUAAAUAUUAUUUGUAAUUAUAUAUUGUAUUUAAUGGUGGAAUGUAAAACUAUUGGUUGGUAUUUAGUUUCUAGAUUGACAAAUAUUUACGUUAUUCAUUGUUUAUAUAGUAACCAGCCCAGUUGUUAGGCGUAAAAAAAAAUGAUAAAUUGUGCAAGAUAUUUGAUCAAUGUGGAAUCUGAAAUAUUGACCAUUUAGAUUUUAAGCCGGGGAAAUUCCACUGAAUGUAUUUAUCAUAUCGUAUCUUUGUCGUGGAUUAUUUAUAACACAUUCAAACAUUUAUAAUGGGUAUUUCAGUGUAACACAGAUAUACUUUAGAUCAAAUUGUAUGGAGUAUUAAAUAUAUGCCAAAAUACAAAAUUCCCAUCUGAAUUGAAUAUUAUGAGAUUAGAUUUAUUUAAAUAUAGUCCCAUCAGUUUCAUCAUAUUGUGUCUAGUCCCUUGCUUCAAGAGGUAAAUAUCCUAUGCAAAGUCAAUAGAAAAAGCGAUCCUUAUAACAUGUGCCAUUAGUCUAGAUCAACAAGUCUUUAACCAAUCACUACUACACUACUAUUGCAAUAGCUGAAGUCGAUAAUCGUUUUUGGGAUAAUGUUUCUUAGAUUGCUCGUUGAAAUGUUUUGCUAAAGACUUAUUGGCCUAGACUAUAUUUUAAUUAUGCUCUUUAUUUGCCAAUUUAUAAUAGAUGCAAAGUAAGUGUUUAUUCCUAUCACAAUCAACCGAUUCUGUACUUCAAUAUAAGGGUUUAUUGCUGUGAAUAGAUGUAACCAAAUUCGUCCAGUGGAUUAUAUAUUUAGACUAUUGUUUGAUCAAGAUAGGUUUUUGUCAUAAUAAUGUAGUAUAAAUCGUUUACCCUGGAUAAGAAUUAGUGCUCCCAAGAUGCAAGAUACCCUUAAUUGUAAAUGUUUUGUCCCAAAAGAAAUCAGUUGUAAAUUAUUAUUAAAGUAUUUGCUUUAAGUUAACAUAGGACAUUCUAACUUGUUAGUAAAAAAGAACAUAUUUUAAAUUAGUCUAGUAGUAUGUAGUAUUAUAUAAUUAAGUGCUGAAACUUUCUUAUUCGUAAUUAAGGAAAAACCUCAAGGUGUCCUUUAUCUCAUUUUAUUGGCUCAGUUACGAUUCUGUCAGUAAAAUAAAAACCAGUGCAGUUAUAAUAAUGCAAGUUAAAUUAGAUGCUUAAUUGCCUGUUUUUUUUAAUGUUUUCCUCUCAUACAAUAUACUUGCAAUAUGUAAUUAAAGUAUUGCUUUCUAAAUAAAUAUUUUGUGUGCAAGUCAAUGAGAUGUAUACCGGUAAGAUUAUACGAUUAUACGGAGACUGUACUUGGUACCAAGAUUUUUAAAUUAAAUAUGUUUACCUAUGUAUUAUACAAUUCCAUUUCUUUGAUACCAAACAACUUUUGACCAGACCCAACCGUGACCCUAUUAAAGGUUUUAUUAUUAUUAUUAUAAAUGUGAAAUGUUAUUUGUAUAUUUUAAAUUAUUGUGGCUUCAUUUUGUGCUGUAAAAUUGUUUUGUUUUUUUAAAAUCUCUUUGCAUUAGGUAAUCUGAUCUGGAUAAUCUAAUGUAUUGACUAGAGCUGGAUAAUCUAAUCUACUUAUCUGACUAGUUACAAUAAAUGGAUCUUAAUAUUUAUAGAAA